UCCCAAAUGGUCAUAAAAUCAAAUCGAAAGUUGCUCUUUGAAAGCUCAAAAUGAAUCCUUCCACUAUAUGUAGUAGUGGUGGCAAUAAUAAACUAGCUCCAAGUAAAUGUACGGUUUAUGUUUCUAACAUCCCUUUUUCUUUAACAAAUAAUGAUCUGUACAAGAUUUUCGAAAAAUACGGCAGAGUUGUACGUGUCACAAUAAUGAAAGACAAGCACACACGCAAAAGUAAAGGUGUAGCCUUUGUGUUAUUUCUGGACAGAGAUAGUGCAUACACAGCUGUGAGAGCUCUCAAUAAGACCAAGAUGUUUGAGAGAACAAUAUCCUGCAGUAUUGCUAAGGAUAAUGGACGAGCACCAGAAUUUAUUCGACGGAGAGAGUAUUUGGACAAAUCCAAAUGUUAUGAAUGUGGGGAAGAAGGCCACCUUAGUUACAAGUGUCCCAAAAAUUUAUUAGGAGAAAGAGAACCACCACCAAAAAAGAAGAAAAAAAGGAAAUUUGAAAAUGAAGAAGAAAGCAAUGACAAUGACAGUGAUGAUAUGGGCACCAAUUCUGUAAAUGAUGAGUCUUUAGCCAUGGCUGUUAGAUACCAGCAAUCCUUGAUAGAUAGUGAUGUGACAUCAUCAGGAGAAACCAGUACAAGUUCAAAAAGAAAAAAAUACAAAAAAGAUUCCUAUUUUAGUGAUGAAGAGGAACUGGAUGACUAAGGAGCUACCAACAAGCAUAGUUUACUAAAGCAACAUAAUGAAAUCACUCAUGUACAUGUGUAUAUAGACCAAAUGUAAAUACAAUUGUAUAACAUUCCAA